UCGUUAAUGUUUUCAAACACGUGUCGUGUCAAGUCGUGAGUGAUAAUAAAAUGGGAUCUUUUUUCUUGAGUUUUACACGCAAGAAGCAGGAUAAGAGGAAGUCUUUGGAACAGCUGUCUUUGAGUGCUGGGAACAGUCCUUUACACGUUAAAGGUCCAAGGCGACCUGUCAGUCAGAACCUGAACGUAGCCCCACGAACUUCAGCCUAUAACGAUGAGAGAAAGAGUAAGGUGAAGGAAUGGGAAUGCGGGAUUUGUAAGAAGGAGCUCGUGGAACCGAGGCUUUUGGGAUGUCUGCACAACUUCUGCACGAGAUGUCUUCAGGGGCUGCACCAAGAAGGAGAAGCUGAGAUAUGGAGUGAGGUUGACGGAGGAUCAGUCCAGCUAGAUCCAGGCGGAUCGCGGUCAGGAUCUGGCGCUGGGUCCGCAGGCUCUGGAUAUGAAACCGACCUCCGCCACUCAGGGUCUGAAGGCAGCUGGGAACAGAAACAGCAGCAUAAAUAUGCUAUUCUAACUAGAAAGGUAUCAGGCAAAAGCGUCCAGUUCCUUCUAUGUCCAACCUGUGGAUACGAGACACAGUUACCUCUCGGAGGCAUAGCAGCGUUACCUCUCAACUAUGUUCUGCUUCGAAAGAUGGCGGUUGUCCAGGACAGCGAGGGCAUCAACGUGCUGUGUGAUCUCUGUAGCAGUGACAAUAAGGCAGAAACCCGUUGCAAUCAAUGUCUGGUCAGCAUCUGCACGUCAUGCGGAGAAGCUCAUGGGAGACAGAAGGCCACAGCCCGUCACUCCCUGCAGCCACUCGACCCAGCUCCCGUGAAGUACUGCACUCAACACCCGAAGGCUGAUCUCAGUGUUUACUGUGCUACAUGCCAACAGGUGGUAUGCCGAGACUGCUGCCUGGUCUCCCACAGCGGGCACGCACUAGCUAACGCGUCCCGUGCUGCGGCUGAACGAGCUCGUCUUCUACGCGACGCAGUGGAUCGUGCUAAGCUUGUGCCGGAGAAUGUGGAGCGAGCCACCAGGAACCUUAGCGCGCACGCUUAUGAGAUUGAUUGCCAGGCAGCCCGCGUGGAGUCGGAGGUGCAGGAGUGGGCGGCGCAGUACCGGCGCGCGGUGGCGGCACACACGCGCGCACUCUGCGCCGCCGCCGCGCGCGCCCGCCACCGCCAACAACACACGCUCGACGGGAAGACCAGGGCGCUCGGGGAUAGGGCCGGCCACGCUGUUGAUGCCGUCCGAUUCGCUGAAGAGCUCCUAUCGGAAGGGAAAGAAGACGAGCUCCUAUCGCUCAGUGGACCAGUAUUACGUCGCUUGGAGCGAGUGACGGAGUUGCAGCCUCUAUCGGAGCCCCCUCGCCUGGAGUUGCGCUUCGCUCCCCGCGCCCCCGCCACACACGACCCGACUAUCUUCGGAAGACUACUGGCACAUUCACCAGAUCCUGACAUGUGUGUUGUUAAUACUGAAGGUCUUCAAGACAUGCGAGUUGACUGUGAACAUGAGGUGACGCUGGAGCUACGAGACAGUAAUGGUGAAAGAAUCUGGUGUGGUGGUGAACAGGUGGCUGGAUACUUCCGUCGCCGGGACUCUAGCGCUCGCCCUAGCAUGGCUCGCGUGACAGACAGUACGGACGGAAGCUACACGCUCAGUAUCACGCCUCGCUCGCCCGGAGCUUAUUUACUCGCUGUCACCAUUAAUAAUAAGCCUAUAAAGGUUGAGAAGAGAGGGAGUGUCAGACUCCUACUGACUAAACUCCGUACCGUUCCUUCUGCUUUAGGCCGAGGGCGCGGGCAGUCCAUUCGCGUGCUGUGCCCGUGCGGGCGCGGCGCACUGGGGCACGUUCCACUGCUGCGCGUUCUGCUCGUCGGGGGGGCGACGCGACGCUGUCUGCGGCUGCGGGGCGCGGAUGCCCGGGGGAUACAAAGGGUGUGGGCACGGUCACGCAGGAUGGCCGGGCACGCGACACUGGUCGUGCUGCGGCGCGGCGCGACGAGACGCGGCAUGCACGCGGCCCCGCCCGCCUCGACCUACUACGCAACUAUACCAGUUCUCCUUGUAAUAUCAUAUUAA